GGAGCUGGACGGAGAGUGGGACACAUUCCUCUUAUCGGAAGCUUCGUUACGACUUAAAUUUUUGAUUUAUUUAGAGCUUCCAAUUACAUGUCAAUAUAUCUGGCCUUCCAGUGCCACUAAGUGCACAUUGGAGUGUAUGCAUUAGGCCACCGAAUGUAUAUAUAUAUAUUUUUUACAUCCAGUGAAUAUUGAAUAGAAUAUAUCCAAUGAUCAGCUGGUAAUGUGAUGUUCGAUGAACGAUGGUAAUCAGUGACGUUCGAUGAAGCCGCUGCGGCCACUGUGUGACCGAAUUGUAAAAAAAAAAGAAAAUAUACUUGUUAAUCAACGGCUGUCAAGGGCAAUGUUAUUAACGACUCGUUAAAGGAACUGGCCAUAAAGAGUCAUAAAACCUGCUGGUAGCUUCGAGCAGUAAAUGACUUCAAAAACUGUGGGACACAAAUGUCAAAAACUCAUGAUAGGACGGGAGUUUUGAACCAUUUCACGAUAGUGAUAUGAAAUUUUUUUUAAAAUACUGGUGACUGCGUGAUAAAUAAAUUCCCUUUCAUUAUUCUCAUUAACGUGCGAAUUUCUUUCCAGAAACCGAAAGUUGCGAAAAAAAAUUACCACUAUGAGUUUUAUUGUCGAUCUUAUCAGAAGUAUUAUACAAAGCAUGUUGCAAUUGUUGUCAUUUGGUAAAAAAACUAUUGCAAAUAGUCUUAGCAUUUAUGUGAAAACAAAUACAGGGAAUACAAUAUCUGUUGAUCUUGAUCCAAAGUGGGAUAUAAAAAAUGUGAAAGAAAUAGUUGCUCCCAAAUUAGGCUUGACCCCAGAAGAAGUCAAAAUAAUUUUUGCUGGCAAAGAACUUGAUGAUUCCAUUGUCAUUGAGGACUGUGAUUUAGGGCAGCAGAGUAUACUUCAUGCUGUACGAGCACAUGUCACCCCAAAAAAAGUGAAUGUUCAUGAAGAACAUCCAAGUGAAGCGUCAAAACCAUUAUGUGAAACCCUUACAGAUUUGCAGAUAACUGGACCAGAGCGUGAUGAUUUACAUAACGAAGAAGAGUUGAAAAGAAUUAAGGCUCAUUUUUUUGUAUAUUGUUCUUCUCCAUGCAAAAACAUGCAAACUGGAAAGUUACGGGUGCGGUGUCUUUCUUGUGGAAGUGGAGCGUUUAUUGUUGAUCGAGAUCCACAGAAUUGGGAUGAUGUAUUGAAAGAGAAACAAAUUUCAGGAGUUUGUGAGAAUGAAACAUGUGUUGGUAAUAGUGAUGGACUUACCUUUGCUCAAUUUUAUUUCAAAUGUGCCGAUCAUCCAUCUCAAGGAGAAAAUGACUCCGCUGUACCACUGUCUUUGAUAAGAUCAAAUAUCUAUGAAGUACCUUGUUUAGCUUGUACAGAUGUUAGUGACCCAGUACUUGUUUUUCCCUGUGAUGCUCGGCACGUGACUUGUUUGGAUUGUUUUCGCACAUAUUGCUCAUCACGGCUUCAGGAGAGACAAUUUUGGUCUCAUCCUGAAUAUGGUUACACUCUUGCAUGUCCAGCUGGUUGUGAGAAUUCUUUUAUUAUAGAAGUACAUCAUUUUAGACUGUUGACACCACAGCAGUAUGCUCAGUACCAAAGAUUUGGUGCUGAGGAAUACGUUCUACAAGCUGGAGGAGUAUUGUGCCCUCAACCUGGCUGUGGAAUGGGAAUCUUAGCAGAUCCAGAUUGCAAACGCAUCACCUGCAUAAAUGGUUGUGGGUUCGUCUUUUGCCGUCAAUGUUUGCAAGGCUACCACAUAGGAGAUUGUGUGCUGGAUGGAGACGGAACAUCAGAACUCAAAGGAGAUUGCCUGUAUUCUGUUGAUCCAAACCGAGCUGAUAAGGCGCGAUGGGAUGAUGCCAGCAAAGUAACGAUUAAAGUGUCCACUAAACCUUGUCCCAAAUGCCGCACACCAACAGAACGUGAUGGUGGAUGCAUGCAUAUGGUGUGCACUCGACCACAAUGUGGUUUCCAUUGGUGUUGGGUGUGUCAGACUGAAUGGACUCGAGACUGCAUGGGAAGUCACUGGUUUGGUUAGUAAUAAAUUGUUUCAAGAAGUGUGUUACAGUAUCAACAAUGUAACAGAAAUUAAAUUUUUAGGGUUUAGUUCUCAUAUUUGUUAUAUUGUAGAUAAAUAAUAAUUUGAUUUGUAAAUUGCAAUACUAAUUUUGUGUUCUUUUCCCCUACUUGCGCACUAUACAAUUAUAUAAAAUGUUUGCAGUUUGGGUAUGAUUCUGGAGAAAAAUAAAAAUGAACAUUAUUUUAAAUACAGAAUAUAAAGUAACUAUUUUCAAUUUUAUGUCUAGAAAAUUAUUCAUAAAUCAUUGAAUACUCCUCUUAGGUGAUAAGAUAUUAAAAGUUUCACUGGCCUGAUGAUGAGGCCCAAGAAGACUGCCUCCUUAGUUCAAAUGUAGAUUUUGGAGUUAGUUUUGGAUUUCUGAACGCCAGUUUUGGUAUAAAAUUUGAAGCGUUACAGUGUGUGUUAUUUUCAAUAAGAUGGUGUUUCCUAAAGGCUUAUAGUAUGUAUUAGUGGAUGUAAUAUUCAAAGAAUUGAGGCAUCCAAUGAGGGCCCUAAUCCACAAGGAUAUGUUACCGAGUUUAUUUGAGUUUGGUUUGUUUUAUCAAUUAUUUGUAUAAUAAAUGGGAAAUGUUUCCUUAUCUUGAAGAUAAAAAACUUAUUUAAUUAAAAAUAUGAUUUAAGAUUUCCACAAGUAUUAUACAAAUGAUAUACCAUCUUAAGGUAAGGAUGUUUCAUCAAACUAUCGACUGAUUACUUUUGUGAUUACAACAGUAAGUUUGAUUGCAUUUUUUUCUUACAUUGAGACCACUGAAAUAUGCAUUUUGAAUGAUAAAGUUCUGGAGUUGGCAAAAUAAAACAACAACAAAUUGCAAGUUUUCAUGAACCAUUAGAGUAUGGUGUUCACGUUUGAAGUUAGUUAAAUCGGGAUGUAAAGCUCUUUUAGCAAGCAAGCUAGGACUUGUUCAUUCUCUGGUACUGUUUUUCCUGCUUUGCCACUAACAUAUUCUUUCACACCAUCCCUCUUCCAAUUCACUUGUGUGAUGUGAUGUAUUAAUACGACUGAUGUUUUAGUUGGUAUUAUCGAUGACACAAUAUGAGGAUGUGACCUAGCUCUUUCUCUCAAAGAAAUCGAAUGAAAUAGGUGUGUUACAACCUUUUAGAGAUCAAUAUAAAUAUCAGAAAGGAUUAUAAUACAUAUGUGCAAUGUUAAGAAUAAAUAAAAGAUGAAAAAUUAAUAUUGGAAAUGUCAAAAACUUAAAUUUUUUAAUUUUGUGGGUUAGCUUCCUCUUGCAGUGGAUGCCUCAAUUGUUAUUGUCUCCUGAACUUCAAUGGAGAUUUGAUUUUGCAGACAUGAUUUUUAUAUUGUAAUUUUAAUUUUUAAUUUCCAGUAGUCCCCAUGUGUGAUGUUGUUUUCUAACAAAAUAUCACACAUGCAAUUUUGGAGACUCUUUGCUCAGGUCAAAGAAUAUAUGUAUGGUCUAUUUUAUGAUUGUUUUAAUAAAGAGAAACUUCAUAUAAAAA